AUGACUAUUCUACGCUCUUUCUCGAUCUGGCAUCUCGCUCUGCUCAGUGCGUGUGCUGCUCAGAGUGGUAUAUUUAGCGCGACCUCUGGACUAUCUAUAAGCGCAUCUUCAACUCUACCUGAGUCAAGUCCUUCGAGUUUCACUCCAUCGACAUCCACGGUUACUUCUGCACCUGCUACUAUGGUCACUUCGCUCCUUGGUUCCCUGAGUACAACGACUACAGUGACACCGACGAGUGCUCCUUUCAUCCCGAUAGGUUCUCUUCCACGUAAUUAUACAAACGAAACACUCAACGAGCUCUGGAGUCUUGUCGGAGAAGUCGAAGAACCACCGUUCACUACCACGGCUGAGGCAGAAGUACCAGUCACGCUACCCGCCUCUGCCCCUCCGGUAUAUCCGACGUGGUAUGCAGUUACUCCAGAGAAGGUGCUUCCAGACCUCAAGCUUCCAAAGAACUUCAAGUUCGGGGUUGCUACUGCCGCUUACCAAGUCGAAGGCGCUGCCAAGCUGGAAGGCAAGGGACCUACUGGAUGGGACUGGGGUGGACAUCAGCUUGGUACUAUCAUUGACGGUACUAAUGGAGAUGUCGUGGACCUCCAGUAUCUGCUUUACAAGAAUGAUACGGCGCGGACUGCUGCUCUCGGGUUCAAUGCUCAUUCAUUCUCAAUCUCGUGGGCGCGAAUUUUCCCGUUCGGGACCAGUGAUUCACCAGUAAACCAGGAGGGUCUAGAUCAUUAUUCCGAUUUGAUUGAUUAUUCGCUGUCUUUGGGGGUCCAGCCUGUCGUCACGCUCUUUCACUGGGACAUGCCACUUGCUCUUAGUGCCUUUUACGGUGGUUUGACGUCUGAGGAAUUCGUAGGAGACUUUGCAAACUAUGCGGCAACUGUGUUCAAGGCUUACAACGGCCGUGUGAAAACAUGGUAUACGUUCAACGAACCACACGUCUAUUGUUCCCAGAUACUCGCGUACCCAUUCAAUUCAACAUUAUCACCUAACGUAACGGUUGGCAAUGCUAUGUACCAUUGUGCCUAUUAUCUGCUUAAGGCACAUGCAAGAGCAGUGAAAGUCUUCCGAGAAAUGGGAAUAGAAGGCGAAAUUGCGUUCAAAAACGACGGUUUUGUAGGUAAGCCAUGGCGAACAAACACGACGGAGGAUGCCGAAGCUGUGGAGCGCAAUGCAGCGUUCUAUAUCGGAAUGUUUAGCGAGCCCGUAUAUGGCUCGGGAGACUGGCCCAAGCUCAUGACCGAUACUUUGAAUGAAACAAUAUUACCACGGUUUACCGAAGAGGAAAAGAAGGAGAUUAAAGGCUCGGCAGACUUCUUCGCGAUCGACCUUUACCGAAGCCUUUGGGUCGCAGCCCCGGAAAACGGAAUUGCGGCAUGCGCGUCUAAUUCAAGUGACCCCAACUGGCCUGCAUGUAAUAUACAAUUGUUUUAUGAUUCCGCGACGGGAUGGCCUAUUGGGUACACUCCAGAAGCAACUGCGAACUGGCUGGCCGCAACACCGCAAAACGUCAGACACGAGUUGAAGGAGCUCAACAAGCGUUGGCCAUACGAUAAAAUCUACAUCGCCGAGUUUGGCUUCGCACAGGCAGAGGAGGGUAUCCGCACAGAUCUUGCCUUUAUCCUAGACGAUGCUGACAGAACAAAUUACUACAUGACUUAUCUCGGCGAAGCUCUCCUAGCAAUUCACGAGGACGGCAUCCCACUCGAAGGAACGUUCGCUUGGGCUAUGGUGGACAACGCCGAAUGGAACUCCGGAACAAGCACGCGAUUUGGAAUCCAGAAUGUCAAUUACACGACGCUCGAACGACACUUCAAACGCUCAGCACUUGCACUUUGUGAGCUUCGCUUUAUUUAA